AUAGGGAAACUAAAACAAAAUUUGAAGCUAGCUAGUAUUUCAGGAGGAAGACCAAUGGUAGAGAAGGAGAAUACAAUGAGUGGAAUAUUACCAAACUAUCCUCAUCCUCAUCAUCAUCAUUUGGUUCUGAUCCAUGGUAUAGGGCAUGGAGCUUGGUGCUGGUACAAGAUCCGGUGUCUAAUGGAAGCUUCAGGCUACAAAGUCACAUGUCUUGACCUCAAAGGUGCUGGUGUUGAUCAAUCUGACCCUAAUACCGUCCUCACCUUCCAAGACUAUAACCAGCCUCUCACUGACUUCUUGUCCAGUUUGCCAGGAAAUGAAAAGGUAAUACUUGUGGGACAUAGCGCAGGAGGUAUGAGCCUGACUGAUGCCAUGCAUAGGUUUGCUAGCAAAAUACACAUGGCGAUAUAUGUUGCAGCAACGAUGUUGGAGCAUGGAUUUUCCACCCAUCGAGAUAUCAUAGAUGCAAUUUCGAUAAAAAUUUUAUACUUCAGUCCAAUACUGAUAAAUGUGGAAGAUUUUAAAGAUAUUUCAAUGGAAAUUUCGGUAAAGUUUUGGUGA